AUGAAGCUUAGUUUCAAAUGUAGCAGUGAAAGUCAGAACGAUACAUCUCUAAUAAAAAGGCUCUACAAUGGAUCGUACAUUUUUAUUACAGGCGCAACCGGAUUUUUGGGCAAAAUUCUCUUGUGUAAGCUUCUUACUUCGUGCCCUGACAUAAAAAAUAUAUAUGUCCUCGUGCGUAGUAAGAAAAACAUAGAUCUACAUCGGAGAAUAGAUGAAAUACUUAAUGAUCCGAUUUUUAAAUCAGCGCAAAAUGCCAACCCUUACUAUCGUCGCCAAGUAAUAGCCGUUGGCGGCGACUGCCAACUUCCAGGCUUGGGAAUUUGUCCAGCCGAUCGAAAAAUGCUAGUAGAACACGUCAAUAUAGUCUAUCACAUGGCAGCCACAGUGAGAUUCGACGAAAAGCUCAAAAUGGCUCUGAGAAUAAAUGUCAUUUCUGCUUAUGAUGUCCUGCAACUAUGUAAGGAAAUGAGGAACCUUCAAAGUGUGGUUCACGUAUCGACAGCAUAUACACAUUGUCCGCGAAAAUACAUCGAGGAGAAAUUCUAUCCGAUUCCAAUCGAUGCCGGGAGCCUUAUGCUUAUGGCCGAAUGCAUACCAGAAAAUAUUUUGGAGCAGAUAACUCCCAUAGUUUUGUGUAAGUGGCCAAACACGUACACAUUUACUAAAGCUGUUGCAGAAGAGGUUAUUAGAUGUUUUGGCGAAUGCCUACCCAUUGGAGUAUUCCGCCCUGGUAUUGUCAUUUCGACAUACAGAGAACCAGUUGUUGGAUGGAUAGACAACUUUUAUGGACCCACUGGAGCCAUAGCAGGUGCAGGUACUGGGGUGCUAAGAACCCUACAUUGCAAGCCAAAAGCAAUCGCAAAUAUGGUUCCUGUAGACUUAUGUAUCAAUAGUCUAAUUGCUGCUUCAUGGGAUAUUCAAGUGAAAUAUCAGAAAAUAAAAACAGGGAGCUAUUCAAUUCCCGUAUAUAAUUUUUGCACAUCUGAAGAUAACCAAUUAUCUUGGGGCGAUUUCACUUCAAGAACCACAAAAUACGGAUUGAUGUAUCCCAGUUUGAAAGCCAUUUGGUAUCUUUGUUACUCAAACACUCCAAGUAAAGUAAUACACUUACUCCUAGUAUUUUUCCUGCACUAUAUACCAGCAUUGAUGGGCGACAUUAUUUGCAUAUUUUCUGGACGGAAGCCGCGGUUACUACACGUGUACAAAAAGGUUCACAGAUUUAUGAAUGUUAUUGAAUAUUUUUCAAUGCGUGAGUGGCGCUUUGAAACGGACAAUAUAAAAAUGAUAUGGAAUCAUAUGACGUCUAUUGACAGAGAUAUUUUCUUCUUUGACCUAAAUUGCUUAGAUUGGGAGCUUUUUCUUCAACAAUAUUAUCGUGGUAUUCGACACUAUCUGUUAAAUGAUCCUUUGGAAACUAUUCCUAAGGCUUUGGACAAAUGGAAUCGAUUAUACUGGAUGCAUCAAAUCGCUAAGUCUAUUAUCUGUUCUUUCGUCUUUUAUAUACUUUGGAUAUUAAAAAACAAUUUGUGUAAGAAUAUUUAA